AUGAUUGACCACGUCUUGGGGCGACCAUCCGUCAAGUCCCGCCGUCUACAGGUUCUGGCUGUCCUGGCAUUUUGGACAGCCUACCUCCUCAACAACCCAAACAGAGGCAACAAAAACGGUCCCCCAAUCGUACGCUUCUUCUCAAAAUGCCUCUCCAGACGCCUCACCUUCUGGCAAACGCUCACAAUCACCAUGCUCUACCUCUAUUCAGCCCGCAACUUUUCCACCCUCGUCGGCCUCGCCUCCCCCGACCCCCUAGCCAACAUGUACGACGCGACCUACUUCCGUGCCACCUGGAUCCUCACCGCCCUAGACGCAGGUUUCUGGACCGCCAUGCCCAUCAAGACAAAAUGGCUCCGUGACGCCGCCAGUAUCGUCUUCUCGCUGUUUUACAUGGUGGCGGCAGAAAAGGCUGAUGAAAAGGUGCGAAAGGUCAGGGGGAAUAUCACUGUCGAUCAUCUGAGGGUUAGCUGGAAUAAGGGGGUCGAGUCCCCUUAUUUGAGGACGCUGCAGGGGUUGGUCAGGCCGAGAAUGACAAAGUGGCCGCCUAGGCAGGUGAGGAUACCUAGGCCGAGUACCAGUGAUUAUAAGGAGCCGGUGGAGGGGUGGCUGUAUUUUGACGGGCCGCUCAGCGAGCUGAAGGAGCAGGGACAUAACCAGCUUGUGCUUGAUAUUCCUGGGGGUGGGUUUGUGGCUAUGGAUCCGAGGUGCAAUGACGAUAAGCUGUUUGCUUGGGCGGCGAAGACGGGGCUGCCGAUUUUGAGUUUGGAUUACAAAAAGGCGCCCGAGUACCCGUUUCCGUACGCGCUGAAUGAGUGUUAUGAUGUUUACUGCACGUUGAUUAGGUCAAAGGGGAGGUGCGUGGGAAUGAGCGGGGAGCAGGUUCCCAGGGUGGUCAUUACUGGUGACAGCGCCGGCGGUACAUUGGCGACGGCAAUGACGAUUAUGAUCACCGAAAGCGGCAGCAGUCCGAUCCGGCGUUUUCAAGGGCAAACCGACCUCCCCAUCCCCGAAGCUUUGGUGUUGUUCUACCCAGCAUUGGACAUGAACAUCGGCAGUUGGAUGAGCGACGAGCAAAUGGCCCUCAUCAAAGACCGGCGCAUGCGCGGCACCAACAAACGCGUCCUCCAACGCAAGACAAUGCAGUACAACGACCUCGUCGGCACCCCCCACCAAUCCGACGACGAAGACGACGGCACACCCGACAACAACACCAACAACAACGACAACAACAACAACAACAACAACAACAACAACAACAUCAGCUCGGGUACCCUUCCGGACUCGGAUUCCACCGCCGUCAACUUUGACCCCGCCAACCUCAACCCAGACGAACAUGCUAUCCUCCGCAACCGGGAACUGUGUCUCUCUCCCGCACCACAAUACGCCCACGCCGGAUCGACAACCUUCCACCUCCCCCCGGUUACCUCUCCCCUGCCUCUGUCUCCCAAAUCCCUCCCCACCACACCCCCUCACUCCUCCACCUCCCUCGACCAAACCGCCUCCUCCGGCAAAAAGAAACAGCCAUCCACCUCCCACCACCCCUCCCCCCUCAAAACCCGCCUCGCAAUGUCAAGCAUGAUCUCCUACUUCAACGACAGAGUCCUAACACCAGAAAUGAUGCGCGCGAUGAUCAUCCUCUACGUCGGCCCUCACAACCGUCCCGACUUCAGCCAAGACUACCUUUUGUGUCCUAUUUUGUGUCCAGACGUCCUGCUGUCCCGUUUUCCCAAAACUUACUUCUUGACCGGGGAGAGAGACCCGUUGGUAGACGACACGGUCAUCUUCGCCGGCCGCCUCCGCCGCGUCAAGGCGGCACAAAUGGCCAGCAACGGCACCCGUUACGAAUACCGCGACACUGACGCGUUGACAGAAGGGUUCGACGAGAAUGCGUUUGCGGAAGUGACGCUCAUACCGGGGAUUAGCCAUGGGUUUUUACAGUUUCCUUCUGUUUACCCGCCUGCAUGGGGGUUGUUUGACAAGACGGGGAGUUGGAUAGAGGAGGGGUUUAGAGAGGGGGAGAGACGGAGGAGGAGGAGGGAAGAGAGGGGGAGGGGAAGCAGCAGGAAUGAGGAGGGUGAGUAUAGGGUUCAUACUCAGGAGAUGAACAACCGGACGCCACACCACCAGAGGGGGAGGAGGGAUAGCGGGGCGACGGCUGUGACGGAUGGGACCGAGGGCGAUGGGGGGCUGGAGAUGAGGAUGAGUAGGUCGCGGCCGGGCCCUGCUGUUUCUGCUGCUCCUGGAAAGACGAGGGAGAGGGCGUCGACUACGUCGGUUUUGACGAAUGGGAAGGUUAAUGGGACAGAGGAACUGCCAAAGGUUACGGUUUCGGGUGAUGGGGCGGAUAGCGGGUCCGGGAGUGGCUCUGGUUCGGGGGGGCAAAAGAAGAAGAGAAGAGUCAGGACGGCGAGGGCCGAUGGUGACAAUGGGGGUUUGGUCAAGAGGUUGGCGAGUUCGGAUGAUUUGCUGGGGAGGAGGAUGCAAGGGUUGGCUGGGGGGUUGACGGGCUUGGCCCCUCCGGAGUAG